UGACAAUGGUUCCUCACCACCCUUGGGUUCUUGUGUGACACAAGGGGGUUCAGCUUCCACCGUGGGGGGACAAAACCAGGCGGAUUGCUGGCUGGUGCCGCGCUUGCCUGCUCGGCAGCGUGCAGGACCACGAUUCAAGGCACAAAGCUCUGACCAAAGAGAAGAGAUUCCCCCCGCCUCCCUGCUACCUCCACAACUGAAUAGUGUUGUCUGUCUCUUAGGCCUUGCUCAUGCUGCCACCAUAAUAUCUGAGUGCCUCCCAGACUAAUAGACUGCCAUAGCGAGGUCCCUACUUGACCUCAUGGAGUCUUCUGCUCUCCUCCCUGCUCAGGUGUCGGGGAGCACCACCUGGGAGUCUCCCAGGGCUCUAUUUAUUUCCCCGGGCACCGUCAUGUCGUGCUUCACGCAGCUGUGGCACUCCAACACGCCAGCCUCUCCCACCAGCCCAGACCCUGCAUCUCCAAGUGAAAUCCCCAUCCCCAUCAGCCCCAUUGUUGUCACCUCCCCAGGAGAUGGCAAGAGGAAGGCGAGAUCCCCAACCGACAAGCCAGGCUCUCCGAACCCAACGUCUCCGAAGCCAACCUCCCCCGUUGAGUGUUCCAUUUGCUUCAACACCUAUGACAACACCUUCAAGACGCCCAAGCUGCUCCAGUGCUCCCACGUUUUCUGCCUGGAGUGUGUGGCCCGCCUGAGCACAGGGCUGCCCCCAAACCAAGCAGAGGACCAGCUCCCCUGCCCCUUCUGCAGGCAGCUGACCAGCAUCCCUCUGGAAGGUGCCCCAGCACUCGAGACCAGCAAGGAGCUCCUUGCCACGCUGCCUCCUGAACUCCAGCAGGAGAAGGUGCUCUGGAUGGAAGGGACCAAGCUCUGCUGCCGUCAGGCAUCUGACGACCCGGAGAAUCCAGACUCAUGUAUCUCCAUUGACGUCGCCAUGAGCAAGCCAGAAAGCCCAGAGGCCCCCCCGACGGGGUUAGCUGGGAGGCUGUCCCGCUGCGACAUGUGCGAUGACUGGAAACGCAUAGUCCUCCUCUCUGCGCUGAUCAUCAUCCUGUUCUGCAUCAUCCUGUGGCCGGUCCAGUGUGCCCUGAAGACGGGGAACCUCCGCUGCUUCACCAGGACUGUUGCAAUGAGCAGGCCAGAGUAUCUUCCCCCUAAACACACCACAGUGGCAGCCCCCGUGACACAACUCCCUUUCCAGUAGCAGCGAGGCAGCCCCUGGCGAGGCUGUUGGCUCCCUCCCCACAUCCCCACAGCACGUCGGGGAGGCAGGAGCGGGGCCUGCUGCCCUGACAGCAUUCCUUGGGUUUAAUGGCAGAGCCCGUGGCCCACUCCCCACACUCCUCUGCCUGCCCUCCAACACAAGCAUCCACCUCCAGGAACUCUGAUGAAAUACUUGCCUGCCAAGCUGUCUCCAGCCCAGGAAUGCUCCAAGCAGCUGCCUCAGCAUCCUGCUGCCAAACUCUCCAUGGAAACCAGAGCUUUGGAAGCAGCAGACAGGUUUUCUAGGACUGUUUGCCUCGAGCAGCGCACGGCCGUGUGCUGUCUUGGCUGGGUAACAGGUGACAGUGGGUGCAGUUCCUCUGACUCCCUCAGGGAAUAAAGGGCUAUUUUUGCAAACUGAAGGUUCUACAUGAUUAUUCCUAAGAGGAGCUUGGAUCGGGAGGGUAAAGACAUGUCAAAGUCGUACAAGCAGAUGAAAAUCAAAACAUUUCCGUUGUGUUAGUCAAUGUUGGAGGUGUAAAUGCUGCCUCCUGCUGACAAAACAUGGAUCUACCACAGCUACCCACCUUCUGAGUCUCAUUACCCUCCUGAUGAGCUUUUGAACAGAAGAGAGUAGCCGUUCUACUCGUUUCUCCUAAGAAGAAACUCAUCCCGACCUGGAAAGUGAUUUUUUUGGAACACAGGGGGUGAGUUCUGUUAGGCACACUGACACAGCAGUAUAACCCUGCCCCUCAACUUACUUACCAGCGAACUUCACUCCUACUUCUCACAGGGAAACCAUUGCCAAAAUGACAGAAGUUCCACCUUUUGUCAGCUUUACCCUCCUAAUCUUAAAAUGUGUCAGUAUUAAGACACAGGCCAGUUGCUUACACUGUAUUUUUAUUUAAUGCAGUGAUCUUCUGACAGUGAUUAACAAAAGUCUUCACGAUUAAGGCGGCUUACAAUUAAAUGUUUUCUAUUCAAACACAUGGAUGUAAGACAGUAUUGUAUGCAAGUACCAUACAUGUAUGUAUUAAAUUAUGUUUUAUACAAUGAAAGGCGUCAAUUUGUAGCAAUUACUCCACAUUUCCCUUCUUACUUGCAGUUGGAGGUGUUCACUUAGCAGUCCUGAGUCCAGCUGCAUUCCCUGAUCACGGUAGCUACACAAGCAUGUGCCAUGUCUGUGCUCUGGCCCGUGCAUCCCCUGCACCUGUGGGCAGCUUUAUCCUUCAAAUUCACACUUACUCUCACCUUGGCGGUGUCGCCCCAGGUGUCCCUUUCUUCUGUGUUUACCUGAUUUGACCUGAAAAAUGAAAAGCUGCAAAGACUGCUCAGCUUUUGCUUUUUCCUAGCUGGAUGAAAGAUGCUUCCAGUCUCCCUUUCCAGAAAAUCUAAUUUGAAAUAGAAAAGGCUGAAGCAACGGCAGAAGCAACUCAAGUCUGUUGCUAUGCAAAACUUCCGUGGAAAGCUGCUGCAUGUGCUGUAUCUGCAACGCCGUUGUUGUUCAGCUGCAGGCUGGUAUUAUCUGUGCCAGCCACAUGUCUGCAGAAACGACUCCAGGCACUGUAACAACUUCUGCCAAAGUCACUGGGCUUGACAGGGAUUCUCACUUGUAUCGUCCUGUCCGUUCCCCGUGCUUGCCACUGAAAGGAUAUCUUCAGAGCACCAAUUUAAGUGUGUUCUUGGAAAAAGUGGCUCAGCAAGACUUAAGGCAGAGAAGGCACUUCCAUUUCACCCAAGGGGCAUUUGGGACCAAGCCCAGCAAGUAGACACUUAGCAGAGAUGAAGUGCUUUGUCAUUACAUCUUUGUUACCCUUCAGCUCCCACUGGUGAGACCUAAGGGCAGGGCAGAAGGAAAGAACAUCUUCAGCCUCAUAAAAUCGAUUCUUAGGGUGGCAAACGGGCCACAGAGAUGUUCUCGUGGUUCCAAGUGUUCCUAGUAGUCUGUCAGAGCAUCCCUGUGGGGGCUGUCCCUUUGCACUUCCCCUUCUCACCACGUCCUUGGAAACAAAGGCUGGAGGUUUAGCUAACAGGCAGCUGAACCUCUCACUCAUGCACAGUCAAAAGGAAGAGUCAAAGCAAGUGAAAACAGGGCCCUGAACUGCAGCAUUUGGUGAGGGGAGAUAUUCAGGAUGCCCCACUGUCCACACCAACUGUCAGUCACACCAAAAAGCAAACUACUUAAAAAAUACAGGGGGGGG